CGGUAAAAAAACAGAGACAGAGAGAAAGAGAGAAAUGGGGAGGAGUCCAUGUUGCUCCAAGGAAGGACUGAACAGAGGAGCCUGGACAGCCUUGGAAGAUAAAAUUCUUACGUCUUACAUUAAAGCCCAUGGAGAAGGCAAAUGGAGAAACCUCCCCAAAAGAGCUGGUCUGAAGAGAUGUGGCAAGAGUUGCAGACUUAGAUGGCUAAAUUAUUUGAGACCAGACAUCAAGAGAGGUAACAUAUCCCAUGACGAAGAAGAGCUCAUUGUUAGGCUCCAUAAGCUUCUUGGUAACAGAUGGUCUCUAAUUGCUGGAAGGCUACCUGGGCGAACAGACAAUGAAAUCAAGAACUAUUGGAAUACUACCCUGGGAAAGAAAGCAAAUGCUCAAUCUAAUUCACCACAAUUCAAACAAACUCCUUCUACCAAGAAAAUGCUAGCCUAUACUGAACCCAAUAGUAGCACUAAACCGUCGAAAUCACAAAAGCCAACGCAAGUUAUUCACACGAAGGCUAAUAGGUGCACCAAAGUCUUCAUUCCAUUACAAUCUCCACCACCUCUGUUGCCUGAAAUUCACAACACCACCCCUACAGCACUAAACCAACCACCGGAAAUCAAGAUUGAUUGUCCAUCGCAAUUAAUCCAGUACUGUGGCAGCAAUGAAGAGCAUUCAAAUUAUGAUUUAGAUUUUAUGAAUAUUGACCGCCAUGAUCAGUUUGAAGGAAGUGAUAAUAAUGAAGAUGUUGGGCUUGUGAUGAAUAAUUAUGGGCAUGACUCUUUAAGUCAUUAUCAGUCUCUUCCUAGCUUGGAGGAGGAGCCGCGGCCGCCUACAAUAAACGAUGAGUGGGCCACCACUAGUGUUUGUCUUGGGGACGAUGAUAAUAUCAAUUUGGACUUGGAUUCUCUCGGCUUUUUGCUUGAUUCUGAGGAAUGGCCGUGAAGAUUUUAUAUCAAUAGUAAUUAAUGUUAACAAUAGGAGAAUAAAAAAUGUUUGUCAAUAUAGUUGCAUUAAUUAUUAGCGUUACGCAGUACUUUCCUUGUAUAAAUUUGGAAAUACUGCACAAUAAAAUAAAAAUAUAAAAUUAUCUAUUGGUUGUAGCUCA